AUGACAACGACGCCGGAAAAAAAAGGAGGCAUGACACACAGUAAAUUGGAGGAAGGCGACCUUGAGUUGAUCGAAGUUUUAAAAGUUAAUUCGCCGUCAAUCUCACUCUCUGAAAUUAUACAAGAGUUACCAGCACUAGAAAUUUCUAUGUCAGCUAUCUUGCGGGCCAUUAAAAAUAGGCUACCUUCAGGCGAACAAUAUACGAGGAAAAAACUCACUAGAUUGGCAAGAGAGAGAUUCACUCCGGAAAACAUGUUCUAUACCCAGCUUUUCAUCAAUUACCUUUCGUCAAAAGAUCCGUAUAGAUUAAAAUUUUUUGACGAAGCUGGGAUAAAAAUUCCUUGUGUUGGAACUAGAACAUACGGACACAGUGCUAAGGGGACACGCAGUGUUGAAGUGGUCAGAAAACACGAGUCCCCCAAUAAAACAUUGAAUAUGCUUGUUUCUCUUGAUGGCCCAGUUUACCACAACAUCGUUAACGGAGGCACCAAUACUGCUCCGUUUUCUUAUGUUUUUUGA